AAAAGAUGAAGCUGUGAGGGGAACAAGGGCCUGAUCGUACAGGGCCGUUCUCUGUUAACUACUUUUUUCUACAUCAUAAAGGCAAUGGGCAGACAGAAUGAAUUACAGUGAGCCUACAGUGUGCAUUUAGAAUAACAUAAAAUUUAUAAUCAUGACUCCAGGCUUGUCAUUUGUCAUAGAAUUUCAUUUUUCUGUGAUUUUUUCUCUUGAGGCUAAUGUUUAAAAUGCUUUGCAAAAAUAAAUCAUUGUUGUCAAGUUUCCCUAUAGGAAUAAAAUGGAAGGAGAAUCAAGCAGAUUGGAAAUCCAUGGUCCAGUUUUUGACAAGAAAAAGAAAAAAUAUUCAGUAUAUAAGGACAGACAUCGGAGGCAUUCCCAUGAAAGUUUCAGAGACUCCCCCCUGGCAAAAGAACAGCCUCACAUAACUAAGAGUAAAAAAAAGAGAAAGGAUUUCCAGUGUCUUGUUUCUUCUCCUUUGAAAAAAUCAGAAAUCUGUGAUGAGACUGAAAAGGAUACUUGUAUACCCAAGAAGAAAAAAAAAAGAAGACAUCAUGCUUUGGGGGUAGACGAGGAAACAGAUGUUGUGUGUGUCCUGGUGGAUAAAAAAAAAAUCAAGAACACGCCAAAAAAAUGUAGAGAGGAUGUUGACGUCAUCUAUGUUGAUACGAGCAAGAAACAAAAGUCAACACAAGAGCCUGAAGCAAACGAAAUGCAUUCAGUUACUAAAUCACGUAAAAAUGAGUCAGAAGAACUGCAUCAUAAAGUUAAGAAAAAGAACAAAAAACAUCGGAGGAAAGUUGGCUCUUGUGAUGCUCUACAAGAAAGCCCGUGUGCGAGCAUCACCCUGCCCCGGUCGGAAUCACACAAGCAGGAAUCCCUGCUUUCUGUGGGCCUAGAAGGUGAAAUUACACAACUACCAGCAUGUGCUGGUAGAAACAAGUCUAAGAAAAAAAAAAGAAAAAUUUCAAAUAACCAGGAAUUUGAGGCAUUGGCCGUGCCCGAGAGUCUUGAGAACUCUGAGGGAUCGCAAGUGGUCGGUAAGGUCGAGACUACAGAAGACAGGAAGGAAACCCACAGUGUAAAGCAAAAGGCUAAGAAAAGGAAGCGAAGGUCUUCUGUUGAAAGUGCCGUAGCAUCUGGUGGUGAUCUUUCGGUGCUCAGUACGGGCUUUGAGGACACACUCUUUGAUUCAUUGGAAGGUAGUUGUACCUUGAUUGAAGAAAGUGCGAGACCCAGGCCACGAGAGGAGAAAACCCAGGCCUGUUCCAGAGAGGUGCAGAGGUUAGAACCUACAAAUGAAGAAGAAAGCAAUUUGGAAUCGGCCAAAGAUUCUGAGACAAAAUAUUUAUCUGAAGAUUCGAGAGAGUCUGUUGAUUCCGACGUGGAUUUGGAUUCUGCCGUAAAGCAGCUCCAAGAGUUCAUUCCUAACAUCAAGGAACGGGCUGCCACUACCAUCAAGCGAAUGUAUCGGGAUGACUUGGGACGGUUUAAAGAAUUUAAAGCACAGGGUGUCGCUAUUAAAUUUGGCAAGUUUUCUGUAAAGGAAAAUAAGCAGUUAGAGAAAAACGUGCAAGAAUUUCUAUCCCUGACAGGAAUUGAGAACGCAGACAAGCUGCUGUACACAGACAGAUACCCAGAGGAGAAAUCUGUGAUCACCGAUUUAAAAAGAAAAUACUCAUUUAGAUUGCACAUUGGUAAGGGCAUUGCCCGGCCCUGGAAACUCGUAUACUAUCGAGCAAAGAAGAUGUUCGAUGUCAAUAAUUACAAAGGCAGGUAUAGCAAAGGAGAUACCGAGAAAUUAAAGAUAUACCAUUCCCUCCACGGGAACGAUUGGAAAAAGAUUGGUGAGAUGGUGGCUCGAAGUAGCCUCUCCGUUGCCCUGAAGUUCUCCCAGAUCAGCAGCGAAAGAAAUCGUGGUGCUUGGAGUAAGACAGAAACCCAGAAACUCAUCAAGGCUGUUGAAGAAGUGAUUCUAAAGAAGAUGUCUCCCCAGGAGUUAAACGAGGUGGAUUCUAAACUCCAAGAAAAUCCUGAAAGCUGCCUGUCAAUUGUUCGGGAAAAACUGUACAAGGGCAUAUCUUGGAUAGAAGUGGAAGCUAAAGUAGAAACCAGAAAUUGGAUGCAGUGUAAAAGUAAGUGGACAGAAAUUCUAACCAAGAGGAUGACAAAUGGUCAGCAUGUAUACCGUGGAGUUCAUGCCCUGCAGGCCAAAAUAAACCUUAUUGAAAGAUUAUAUGAAAUAAAUGUGGAAGAUGCUAAUGAAAUAGACUGGGAAGAUCUUGCUAGUACCAUAGGUGAUGUUCCUCCAUCUUAUGUUCAAACUAAAUUUUAUAAGCUGAAAGCUACCUGUGUUCCCUUUUGGCAGAAGAAGACUUUUCCAGAGAUUAUAGACUACCUUUAUGAGACUAGUCUACCUCUGCUUAAAGAAAAGCUAGAGAAUAAGAUGAAGAGAAGAGGUACCGAAAUCCAGGCUCCUGCAGCACCCAGGCAAGUCUUCCUGUUCAGAGACAUCUUCUAUUGUGACGACGACAGUGAAGGAGACGACGUCGAUGACAGAAGUUAAGCGGAUGAUCCUGUUGUCCACUUUUCUAGGUUUGGUUGUUAUAUACGUGAGUCAGUAAAGCUAUUUUCAGUAUUGCUGUUUGUUAAAGAAGGUACAGUGGCCAAAGGACGGGCAUGAAAACGACAGCUUGUAUUGUGGAGCGUUAAAAAUUGAUCAACAUGUUCAUAUUUGAGUUUGUUUGAAUGUGGAAAGAAAGAGGAGCAUAUGAGUUGAUUUAAUGUUUCUGUACCAUUGUAUUGAAAAUAAUUACAACUAACAGUUUUUAUAAACCACAGUAUCCCAAGUCCCUCCAAUUGUAGCAGAGGGUAGAGUCACGUCCUGUGAACAUUUCAUUACGUGGAUUCAACUCUAAUGGCAUUCGGCAAAAAUGAGAAAGUUAACAAUUUUAAUAAUGCAUGCCAUUUUGCUUUCUGUUUUUCCAGUUGUUCAUAUGUAUGUUCUCAAUGUAUAUAAGUAUGCAAUGAGUGUUAGAAGUUGCGGAUCUGCUGUUCCCUCAAACUGGUUUCAGUUCCCACGUACCUGUCACAGUGUGCGUGUCUCAUCUUCCUGAGUGUGAUUCUAGUGUUUAAAGAUACAUAUUUUUCAUACAAGAUGCCCUCUCAAAGCCAGUCACCUAAUUCACCUGGUAUUCAACUGGGGGAAAAAACAAAUCAGCAGUCUCUUCCAUUGCUUCUAGAAAAACUGGCUCUGUUAGACUUACUGGAAGAUGCUGUGUGGGUCUCAGGAACAACUCAUGCCUAACAGAAUUUAUAGGAUAAUUUUAACAUUGGGCUAUAUUCCAUCAGUUAGGAAAGCAA